CAAAACCACGCCUAUAGAGGCCCACAAUUGGUCCAGAAAGCGUAAAAUCAGCAAUCAAAGGGGCUUGGUUCAUUAGUGUUGGGAUCGAGGCAGGAAGGACAUGUGAGAUAGUCACAGUUCUACAGCGAACAGGGCAAGAUCAUUUCAACUCCGUGUCCGUGUGGAAUGAUUGCUCUAGCCUUCCGAGAGACACAUCUUAUUUUUAUCAAAGCGAUUGGUGGGGAGAAAGAAGGAAACCACGAUUCUGCUCUCAAAGCGUCGCUGCUUCUUUAUCUUUGACUGAUAUUGUUACUGUACUUCGUGGAGGUACCAGCAACGGGAGGUUACAUGUAGUAUUAUCUAGUUCCUAUCAAUUCAUUUUUUUCCCAGAUAAUAACCAUCUAUAACGCGUCUAUUCAUAGGCUAGCUUUCUGGCACCGUAUUCGAAAUUACUUCUGAAUAAUUGUUACAGAAAUAAGACUGAAAUAAAUUAUUCUGGAAACGGACCUACUAUUUUUGCCCAAGGGGGAGAAUAUCACUGUAUAUCAUCAUUUCACUUCGAUAUUUUGGAUGCACCGAUGAGAGAUCCAGUUUUCACAGGGACUGCCAUGGCUUAUCACCCGUUCCACGCUCACCGGCCGACCGACUUCUCCAUGUCAGCUUUCCUAGCGGCCGCGCAGCCCUCCUUCUUCCCGACGCUCACUCUGCAACACGGGGCUCUCACUAAGCCCAUGUCGGACCACCUCGUCGGAGCAGCGGAGGCAGGGCUCCACCCGGCUCUCAGCCACCACCAUCAGGCGGCUCAUCUCCGCAGCUUGAAGAGCCUGGAGCCCGAGGAAGAGGUGGAGGACGACCCUAAAGUCACACUGGAGGCCAAGGAUCUAUGGGACCAGUUUCACAAAAUAGGAACAGAGAUGGUUAUUACCAAAUCUGGAAGGAGAAUGUUUCCUCCAUUUAAAGUCAGAAUAAAUGGGCUUGAUAAAAAAGCCAAGUAUAUUCUAUUGAUGGAUAUAGUCGCUGCUGACGACUGCCGCUACAAGUUCCACAAUUCUCGCUGGAUGGUAGCGGGAAAGGCCGAUCCGGAGAUGCCCAAAAGAAUGUACAUUCACCCGGAUAGCCCGGCUACGGGAGAGCAGUGGAUGGCCAAGCCGGUUGCUUUUCAUAAACUGAAGCUGACCAACAAUAUCUCGGACAAGCAUGGAUUUGUAAGUACUACGAUUCUUAAUUCCAUGCACAAAUACCAGCCCAGGUUUCAUAUCGUGAGGGCCAACGACAUCCUGAAGCUCCCCUAUAGCACCUUCCGGACAUACGUGUUCCCGGAGACUGACUUCAUCGCUGUCACAGCUUAUCAAAACGACAAGAUAACACAACUGAAGAUUGAUAAUAACCCUUUUGCCAAAGGAUUCAGAGACACUGGAAAUGGAAGGAGAGAGAAAAGGGAACCGUUCAACUCUAGGAAACAGUUGACCCUUCCCUCCCUGCGGAUGUAUGAAGACCAAUGCAAAGCAGACCGAGACGGGGGCGACUCUGAUGCCUCCUCCAGCGAACCAACAACUGGCCGAGAAAGUGCGCACUCCCCAAUCGGACCUGGAUCCAGCCCCCUUAGGUUCAGUCGAAUCAGCCGAGAUGAUAAAACCUGUACUGACAGUGAGCAAGAACUUGAUCAUCAGGAUGAGCGUUGUUCCGCAUCAAACAGCCCUGGACCGGAGCCGCCCUCUCCCUUCAGCCCGAGGUGCGAGGACCGGGUGAAGGAUAAACCGAGCCUGGACAAGAAAGACGACUAUCCUGGCUCCAGGAAGCCGAGUGACUCCAUAUUCAGGAACCCUGAGAAAGGAGACAAAACGGAGAACAGGCACAGGAAAGACACUACAGAUUCGUCAAAAAAGAACACCGCAGACAGCGGCGGGAUAAGCGCAAGCAAGGAGAGUUUCUCCCCGCUCAUGGUUCAAACAGACAGCCCCUCACACUUCAGCGCGAGCCACCUGCAGAGUCUGGCCCUGUCUGGCUUGCACAGCCAGCAGUUUUUUAAUCCCAUGAACGCCGGACAAAUGCUGUUUCACCCUGGACAGUUCGCUAUGGGCCCAGGUGCGUUUUCUGCCAUGAGCAUGGGACAUCUAUUGGCGUCGGUAUCUGGAGCAAGUGGUAUGGAGAACGGCAGCCUCUCCGCCCAGGGCACGGGGGGCACCCCGAACCCUUUCCCCUUCCAUCUGUCGCAGCACAUGCUCGCCUCCCAGGGCAUUCCCAUGCCGACCUUUGGAGGCCUGUUCCCGUACCCAUACAACUACAUGGCUGCUGCUGCAGCCGCGGCCUCCGCCAUGCCCGCCAGCACUACAGCCAGCUCGCUCUCGAGGAAUCCCUUCCUCACCAGCUCCCGCCCUCGGCUCCGGUUUAAUCCUUACCAGAUCCCGGUGUCUAUGGCCCAGAGCACAAGUCUACUCACCACCGGCCUGCCAGGCGGACUAAACCCCGGCUCCGAAUCCUCCAAAUCGGGCAGCAGGGAGACGAGUCCAGUGCCUGAUAUCCACAACAACAAAGCGGGGUCGAGUCAUAGGACCAGCUCUCCCAAAUCGAUGAAGGACUCUAUCAAUGAGCUCCAAAACAUCCAGAGACUCGUGAGCGGCCUGGAGAGCCAGAGAGAGACGUAUCCACCCAGAGACUAGUGAGCGGCCUGGAGAGCCAGAGAGAGACGUAUCCCCCCAGAGACUAGUGAGCGGCCUGGAGAGCCAGAGAGAGACGUAUCCCCCCAGAGACUCCCCUAAGUGAUCUCGCUAAUGGAAUAAUAUAUUCCACCACGACUUGGCUUGAAAAUCAGAGGACUUUAUUAAACAUUUUAUACAGCACAUUAUGCGAGGAAUUGGCAAUACCGGCCUGCCUACCUUUUCUCGCACCUGGACUGAGCAAGGAAGCAGGGAAUGAAGGAGAGAACCAGCGUCAUCACUUACUGUUACUGUGUGGGGUACGCUUUCAAUAUUGUAGGAAAUUGAAGCAUCGAAAUCAUAUGAAAACCAAAAGUGGGCACUGAAUUUUUAGGCUGCUGGCUAAAACUUGAGUACACAAAGAGGAUACCACAAGGAGGAAAACCUACUAAGAACAUUCUUCAUGUAGAACAUAUUGAUGUUAAAAGGACAGUGGAAACGUUGUGGCAUUGUUUUUAGGGACUGAAGAAAGAAAGAACUUUAUCGAACUAUAAUCAAUAGACGUGCUUUUGAUUUACGAUGAGAGCACUGCAACAGCAUAAGUACUGAAUGAAUAUGGGCGUGCAACCUGUGGAAUGACAGGAAAACAAGCUACAUCCAAAAGGUUUUCAAAACAUAGGCUAUUUCAAAAGGGAUGGAUGAAAUAAACAUUCCGUUAAAUAUAAUUGAUAGAAGAAAGUUUAGGCCUAUCAUUUUUGCCAGAAAAAAUGUUUGAACUAUUUAUGUAAUUAAAAUUAAUUAUGUAAAUAAGCUAUAAAGGAAUCCAAGAAUAUGCAAUUGGUAUUAAUUUAUUCAAAACUGUACAUUGGUGUGUAUAUAAUAAUUAGAGUUUAACUCAUUGCUUUUUAUUAUUUUUUAUUUUACAUGAACGUAUAGGCCUUCUGUAAAUGAAAGCUAUUUAGCGCUUGUUGGUUUGAAUCAGAACGAACGUCUUUAAAUGUAAUGCAUAGGCAUAGCUGAUUAUCUGCCUGUGACACGUGAAGGAAACAAACAUAUGUGCCAUGUUUAUCUGCAAUCUCUGUCUGCAAAAACUAAUAUCAGAAAAGAGAGAGAGAUAGAAAGAGAGAGGGAGAGAUAGAUAGAGAGGAAGCUGCCUAAUUUGUCACAUUACCUGACUAUUGUCUGCAGGAGAGGCAGAGAUGUAGAAAAACCUCAGGUCAUUUCACUCCAACACAGGAGAGGAUGAUAGCAUGUAUCUUUAAAUGGGGCACAAUGCAUAUCUAUAUAUAAAUAUAUUUAAUUUGAAAGCGUAUCUCGUUUAUGCUGGUUGUCCGGGUAAGUUCAUUUUUUUGUUGAAUUGAUCUCAAAAUUUCAAUAAAAAAACAAUGUGUUAAA